GGGCCGUGAAAAAAUAAUCUUUAGUGCAUUACAGUCUGCUGCUUAACUUUCAGUAGACUAGUCACAUACCCAACUUAUUUAUCCUCCGCUCCAGGAAUUUGAGAAAAAUCAAGAGUCUUUACCAUGGCUGAUGAUGAGGAAAAGAAGAAGAAGCAGGCGGAGACCGAGCGGAAGAGGGCGGAGGUCCGCGCUCGUCUAGAAGAGGCUUCCAAGGCGAAAAAAGCAAAGAAGGGUUUCAUGACCCCUGACAGAAAAAAGAAGCUAAGGUUGCUUUUACGUAAAAAAGCUGCGGAAGAGCUGAAGAAAGAACAGGAACGCAAAGCUGCGGAAAGAAGACGGAUUAUUGAAGAACGAUGCGGUCAACCAAAAGAUAUUGAAAACGUCAGUGAAGAGGACUUGAAGGAGAUUUGCCAAGCGUAUUACGAACGCGUCUACGCGUGUGAGGGUCAGAAGUGGGAUUUGGAGCGUGAAGUACGGAAAAGGGACUAUGAGAUCUCCGAACUCAACAGUCAGGUGAAUGAUCUCAGAGGCAAAUUUGUAAAGCCUACCCUGAAAAAGGUUUCCAAAUACGAAAAUAAAUUCGCCAAGCUUCAAAAGAAGGCGGCUGAAUUUAAUUUCAGGAAUCAAUUGAAACAAGUCAAGAAGAAGGAAUUCACUUUGGAAGAGGAGGACAAAGAGAAAAAACCGGAUUGGUCAAAGAAAGGAGAGGAGAAGAAGGUAAAGGAAGAAGAAGUCGAGGCAUGAGAAAUAUGAAUUCUACCCAAAAACAAAUAUCACCUAAAAAAAAAAUUACAACAUCCAUUAAAAAAAUUUUCACUUUUUUUUUUUUUUAUUUGUUGUUUAAAGAAAGUUUUUUUAACCUUCCAAUUUUUUGUGUAAUCAAACCCCAAGAUUAUCCUGUCUUGUAUUUUCGUUAUUUCUAUAAUUUGAAAUAAUCAGUAUAUUGUAAAAUAAUUGUCUUUGUUUAGUUAAUUAUUUUUGUGUUAAUAAUUAUUAAAAA